GUUUUAUACUUUUAUUUAUUUCCUUUUCCUUCCGGCGGUGGCCGUACUCAGGCAGCACUCAUCAUCAGUCGUCGAUCGUCAUUCGUCGUCUCGUCCGGCAGAUGAAAGAGGGAAAGAGGCCACUAGAGAUGUCAACCACGACGCGGCUGAUCUUCGAUGAUCUUCUCUGGAUAAUUGUUCUCUCCGGAACCCUAGCUUUCAUCCAGCAUCGAUUAAGCGACCCUGGAAUUUCAUUGGAGUCCAUCAACGCCCAGCAAGCUCGGAGACGUAUGGAUUUUUCCUUUGGCCAUUACGCUUCUCUGCACAUCGCAAAGUCAUGCUGCUUGCUAAAAGUGCGGGAAAUUUUCGCGUGUUUGGAGUAG